GAGAGGUUUGUUUUUUUUCUUUUGCCAGGUUAUGGGCUUUGGAUUGUACCUGAUGGAUGGAAGUGUCAGUAACAUUUACAAGCUGGAUGCAAAAAAGAGGAUAAAUUUAGCCAAGAUUGACAAAUUCUUCAAGCAGCUGCAGGUUGUCCCGCUCUUUGGUGAUAUGCAGAUUGAACUUGCAAGAUAUAUCAAGACAAGUGCCCAUUAUGAAGAAAACAAAUCCAGAUGGACGUGCACGUCUUCCAGCAGCAGUCCCCAGUACAAUAUAUGUGAGCAGAUGAUCCAAAUCAGAGAAGACCAUAUGCGUUUCAUAUCAGAACUGGCUCGCUACAGCAACAGUGAGGUAGUGACUGGUUCUGGCAGACAGGAAGCUCAAAAAACAGAUGCAGAGUAUCGGAAGCUCUUUGAUCUUUCUCUCCAAGGCUUGCAGCUUCUCUCCCAGUGGAGUGCACAUGUCAUGGAAGUGUAUUCAUGGAAGCUGGUACACCCAACUGACAAAUACUCUAAUAAAGAUUGUCCUGACAAUGCAGAAGAGUAUGAAAGAGCAACAAGAUAUAAUUAUACUAGUGAGGAGAAGUUUGCUUUGGUUGAGGUGAUUGCCAUGAUCAAAGGUCUUCAGGUGCUGAUGGGAAGGAUGGAAAGUGUUUUCAAUCAUGCCAUUCGCCAUACCAUUUAUGCAGCUCUUCAGGACUUUGCCCAGGUCACGCUUAGAGAGCCAUUAAGACAAGCGAAAAAAAAGAAAAAUGUCAUUCAGAGUGUUUUGCAGGCCAUCAGAAAGACGGUCUGUGACUGGGAAGCAGGUCAUGAACCAUUCAAUGACCCAGCUCUAAGGGGAGAAAAAGACCCCAAAAGUGGCUUUGAUAUCAAAGUCCCAAGGCGUGCGGUGGGUCCCUCCAGUACUCAGCUUUACAUGGUGAGAACUAUGUUAGAGUCCCUCAUUGCUGACAAAAGUGGUUCCAAGAAAACCUUGAGAAGUAGCCUUGAGGGACCCACCAUAUUGGACAUAGAAAAAUUCCAUCGCGAGUCUUUCUUCUACACUCAUUUGAUAAAUUUCAGUGAAACCCUGCAGCAAUGCUGUGAUCUGUCCCAGCUGUGGUUCAGGGAAUUCUUCUUAGAGCUGACCAUGGGAAGAAGAAUCCAGUUUCCCAUUGAGAUGUCAAUGCCUUGGAUUCUGACAGAUCAUAUUUUGGAGACCAAAGAGGCAUCAAUGAUGGAGUAUGUUCUAUAUUCUUUGGACCUUUAUAAUGACAGUGCUCAUUAUGCGCUUACUAAAUUUAAGAAGCAGUUCCUCUAUGAUGAGAUUGAGGCAGAGGUAAACCUGUGUUUUGACCAAUUUGUCUACAAGCUGGCAGACCAAAUAUUUGCGUACUACAAGGCAAUGGCUGGCAGCCUGCUUUUGGAUAAACGUUUGCGUUCAGAAUGUAAGAAUCAGGGAGCAACCAUUCAGUUGCUGCAGUCCAACCGCUAUGAGACGCUGCUGAAACAAAGACACGUCCAACUUCUUGGUAGGUCAAUAGACCUGAACCGAUUGAUCACUCAGCGAAUUUCAGCAGCUAUGUACAGAUCAAUGGAGCUGGCAAUUGGUCGAUUUGAAAGUGAGGAUUUGACUUCCAUUGUGGAGCUGGAUGGCUUGAUAGAAAUAAACAAAAUGACUCACAAACUUCUGAGCAGAUACAUGACCUUGGACAGCUUCGAUGCCAUGUUCAGGGAAGCCAAUCACAAUGUGUCAGCCCCUUACGGACGAAUCACUCUUCAUGUAUUUUGGGAACUCAAUUACGAUUUCCUUCCAAACUACUGCUACAAUGGAUCCACUAACAGAUUUGUUCGGACCGUGCUACCAUUUUCUCAGGAGUUCCAGAGAGAUAAGCAGCCCAAUGCUCAGCCCCAGUAUCUCUACGGAUCAAAGGCAUUGAAUCUGGCAUAUUCAAGCAUCUACAGCAACUACAGGAAUUUUGUUGGCCCCCCUCACUUUAAAGUCAUCUGUAGGCUUCUUGGCUAUCAGGGGAUUGCUGUGGUGAUGGAGGAACUGCUGAAAGUCGUCAAGAGCCUGUUACAAGGGACAAUUCUUCAGUAUGUCAAGACCCUGAUGGAAGUGAUGCCUAAAAUCUGUAGAUUGCCAAGACAUGAGUAUGGUUCUCCAGGUAUCUUGGAGUUUUUUCAUCAUCAGCUGAAGGACAUAGUUGAAUACGCAGAGCUGAAGACUGUCUGUUUCCAGAAUUUGCGGGAAGUGGGAAAUGCUGUCCUGUUUUGCCUGCUUAUUGAGCAGAGCCUGUCCCUAGAAGAAGUGUGUGACCUGUUGCAUGCGGCACCGUUCCAAAACAUCCUGCCGAGAGUUCAUGUCAAAGAGGGUGAAAGGCUUGAUGCUAAAAUGAAGAGACUUGAAUCAAAAUAUGCUCCUUUACACUUGGUCCCUCUCAUUGAAAGACUGGGAACACCGCAGCAAAUAGCAAUCGCAAGGGAAGGCGACUUGCUGACCAAGGAACGCCUCUGCUGCGGCCUCUCCAUGUUUGAGGUUAUUUUGACAAGGAUCCGAUCCUUCCUGGAUGAUCCCAUCUGGCGUGGGCCCCUACCCAGCAAUGGGGUGAUGCACGUGGACGAGUGUGUAGAAUUCCACCGCCUCUGGAGUGCGAUGCAGUUCGUCUACUGCAUCCCCGUGGGAACGCACGAGUUCACUGUGGAGCAGUGCUUUGGAGAUGGCCUGCACUGGGCUGGCUGCAUGAUCAUUGUGCUCUUGGGACAGCAGCGUCGCUUUGACGUGUUGGAUUUCUGCUACCACCUGCUGAAAGUCCAAAAGCACGAUGGCAAAGAUGAGGUUAUAAAAAAUGUGCCUUUGAAGAAAAUGGUUGAAAGAAUUCGCAAGUUCCAGAUUUUGAAUGAUGAAAUAAUUGCUAUUUUGGACAAGUAUCUGAAGUCUGGAGAUGGAGAGAGCACACCCGUGGAACACGUGCGCUGCUUCCAGCCGCCCAUUCACCAGUCCCUUGCCAGCAACUAGAUUUCCUCCCUAGAUACUUUUUGCACCUGUUUAGGCUAAAAGUAUGAGAAAGGAGAAAAACAAAAUGCCAGCAGGUUAAAGAAAUCCUUUUAUCUGCCCUUUUCAGUUCUCCUGUGCCAUCUGAGUGAUGCACUGUCCUCUUCAGUCUCCAAGCACAGUAACUGUAUACAAUCCAUACUUAUUUUUCUAGACUAAAAUUUUAUAUACUUUGAUUAAAAACCUGCAGCUGUAGAGGGUUUGUUCUUGCAAUCUCUUUGCAUUCCUUUUCUGAGGUGGCCAUCUUAAACUGGAUCAGAAUGAACAUUCCCCCAAGCUAUCAAAAUAACAGCUGCGGAGGGUAAGAAACUGGGUUCUGUAGAAAGAUUUAGAAACCAAUGCCUAAUUGUAUUAGAGCAUUAAUUGCUUAAUUAGCCUUUAUUAAAAAACAACAACAACAACAACAACAAUGAAUUCUGCAGCUGCUUUGUGAAUAACUGAUUUUUUCAGUCGACUGUUCUUCCUCUACACAAAACUAUUCUCUGUGAUCAGUAAUUGUGGAAAUGAAGGCUAGCUCAGGGGAACUGCUCUAUGGUUACUUAAGGUGGAGGUGACUGAUAAUACUCCUGGUAUUUCUAAGUGGCAGAACCUUAACUGACUAGAAUGGGAUCUCUACAUUUUCCUCAUAAAAGCUUCUUCCCCAGCUUGUAUUUUGAUUGGAGAUACAAACGUGUUUACAAGUGAGAAGGAGUUCUUGUUUCUCCUUGAGGAAGGAGAAAAAAAUGAGCUAAAAUUCCUCACAAAACAGAAGAUAGAGAUUUGCCAGGCAGUCUGCAAGUAAAUUUACUCUGAUGCAAGUUUUCCCAGACUGUCUGUGCUUGAGAGCUACUGUUCUGGCAAGCAGGCACACAUGGCUGCCAUGGUGUGUGGGAGAUGCUUGUGCUUGAUUCAAGCAUUUCUUCUACUAGAUAAAGAAAUGUUUCUUAAAGAAAACUGUUAUUUCUUCACAGUGGAGUGCCAGGAAACCUUCUAGUCAGUCAAACAUUCCCCUUCCUGCUUCAGGCUUCAAUUGAAGAAUUGAAGAGAU